AUAAUAUUUUCGUAGCUUUCGAUAGGAUAACACCAGAAAUAAAAAAUGAAACUGAGGGUUAUGACGUUUAUGUUACUGGCUGCUGCAGUGAAUGGAGCGAUUGUGAGACCGAAUACACUUCGGGAAAAACGCAUGACAGAGCAAAAUGGUGGUUCCAACGAAUGUUUCUCAUGUAGUAGUUGGUGGGAGGGCGUGUGUAUGAAGGGAGCCAUUCGAGAUGAGGUGCGACCGUGGGUUGCCAGUGAGUCCUGCCCAUCUGGUAGAUGUUUCAUCAGGAGACAGUUCGAGACAAAUAUGCCGGUGUACUAUAGAGGAUGUGCCGAUCAUUUUCCUGGACUUGACAUGUUUACGGAAGAGGGGUGUGUCUCCGGGUCAUUCACUCCCUAUGGUUGGGUGGAUCAAUGGUGUUUCUGCAACGGAGGGUUUUGCAAUGGACAAAGUUUCAAAGAUUUAGGCGGCACUGAGCUUGAUGAUAUGUACGACUAUGUGGAUACUGAAAAUGACGUUAAUGACGUUGAUCAAGAUCAAAUUGAUAUGCAAGGUCAAGGUAACAUGCAAGGACAGGGUGACAUGAACGGCCAAGGUGACAUGGAGGGACAGGGAAACAUGCAAGGACAAGGUGACAUGAACGGCCAAGGUGACAUGGAGGGACAGGGUAACAUGCAAGGACAAGGUGACAUGAACGGCCAAGGUGACAUGGAGGGACAGGGUAACAUGCAAGGACAAGGUGACAUGAACGGUCAAGGUGACAUGCAAGGACAGGGUGACAUGAAGGAACAGGGCGACAUGCACAAUCAAGGAGAUACACACAGCAUGCAAGAUGGUGACCAUAAUAAUAACGAUGGAACAAUUGGUGAUGUAACCGAUGGAACUAUGGCCACGGCAAUGAUAGACAACAACGUGGACACUACUACAGUCCUUGAUGCCAACUUAACAAAGACCGGUGGUGCUGACCAUGUCUUCUGCUACGACUGCUCAAGCUGGUGGGAUGUUUGCAGACGAUUUGGUAUUGCAGACGAUCACAAAUCAAUUGUCUCAAAAACAGAGUGUUCAAGCAAGAAAUGCUUUAUCAGAGAAGACAAGGAUGGUGCUGUGUACCGAGGAUGUGCAGAUGGAUGGCCUGCACUAGCUGACUACACAAACUCGGGCUGUGUCAACGGAACUGACGUAGGCUCCCCUUGGACCACGCAGUGGUGCUUCUGCGAUAGCGAUGAAUGCAAUGGAAUAGACUAUGCUGACAUACAAGGCACGGGUGCAGCCGAACUGACCAGCACACCAAGACCAUCAACGAGUGGCCCAUAAGAGGAAACAACCAGGGAUGCAUUGACCCCAACACAGGAACACAAGGGGUAACCGACUGUAUCGGCCUUGCCACGGGCAACUAUCAAUCUUGUCGAACAUGCAGUGGCUACGUACAAUGCGUUGGAACAACACUAUACGAACAAUCCUGCCCUAAUGGAACAGUCUGGGACGAUUCUAUUAAAAACUGUGUUUUUAGUUCAACGACUUGUACUAUAUCUAGUAGUUAACAUACACAAUGCACCAUGAGUUAACAAAUGACUUUAAUAGUUGCUUUUAAAGCCCUUCGUAGAUAUACCAUUGACAUAUAUUUAGUCCUAUAUGAGUUUUGUACACAUUGUAUUACAUAAAAAGUAAAACCAAAAACAUUC